UCGCCAAACGUCAACGUCAACAUUCCCUGAGUUCUCUCUUUCCAUUGCAUCUUUUUACCCAGGAGGUGGUUGAGAGUGCGUUGUUUUGGGCGUUUUACAAGUUAUUUGUUGUGGAAGAUAUUUUAUUAUUUAAACACAGCUUAAUUAACAUGGCCCCCAAGCAGAGGAUGCGUAUUGCUAAUGAAAAGGCCAGUAAAAACGUAUUAAUUCGUGGAAAUGUCCCUAAAUCAUCGAAACCAGUAGAUGAAAAAUACCCUGUUGGACCAUGGCUGCUUGCUCUCUUUGUCUUUGUGGUUUGUGGAUCAGCUGUUUUCCAGAUCAUCCAAAGCAUUCGAGCAGCGUAGCGCUCAAACAUGCAGCUCACCACACCAUCAUUGGGUAAAUUCAAGAAUUUCCUUGUCUCAAAUGUCAUAAAAAUAUUGGCGCACAACACAUUUUGCUGAACUCAUUUAUAUUUUUUCUUUUUGGAAAAAAUGUAACUGGUUAUUCUUUUUUUUGAAUUAAAGAUGUUUGUUGUUAACUGUACUACUUACUUAUUAUUUAUUUUACAAAGACAGAACACACUAUUUCCGAUUUAGAAUCACAUUUAGACGUGUCAUCGCUCAAGGUUGUUGUGGACAAAUUUUAAUAGGGGAUAUAAAUAUUGUAAAUAAAUACCAUUAACACAAUUAAUUUGUACAGUGUACGCCAAGUGACUGCUGGCGAUGAAUUGGAUACCAUUCCAGACUUAGGUUUUUUACUUGUAUUUCGUUUUGAAUAUUUAUUUAUUUUAUACAAGGUUUAAUGAUUUCUUUUUGAAUUGAAAGUAUAUUUUAGAGAUGUAAACUUAAUAAAAAAGUUAUAUAUUUAA